GUCAUUAAAGAGAGCGCGAGAGGAUGUGCUGGCAUCACUGUCAGUGCUGUUGUCUCCAUUAAAGACACUGGAAAUAUGCAGGUUUAUCUGUCAUGGAUGUAAAUAUGAUACCAAAAUUUGCUUCCAAAGAUGAGGAAAUUGACUACUGGAAGGCUCUUUCACUCAAGUACAAGAAAAGUUAUAAGGAGGCACAGGAGGAGUUGUUGGAAUUCCAGGAGGGGAGCAGAGAGUUGGAGACAGAGCUGGAGACACAGCUGGGCCAAGCAGAGCAUCGGAUCAGAGAUCUGCUGGCGGACAAUGAGAGACUGCACCACGAGCUCGACUCACUUAAGGAGAAGUUGGAGCAGCAUUAUUCUCAGAGCUAUAAGCAGAUCUCCAUCCUGGAGGACGACCUCAGCCAGACUCAAGGCAUCAAGGAGCAGCUGCACAAAUAUGUCAGAGAGCUAGAGCAGGCUAAUGAUGACCUGGAGAGAGCUAAGAGAGCCACAAUUACGUCUCUGGAGGACUUUGAACAGAGACUAAACCAGGCCAUAGAGAGGAAUGCCUUUCUGGAGAGUGAACUGGAUGAGAAGGAGUCUCUCCUGGUGUCUGUGCAGAGACUAAAAGAUGAGGCCAGAGAUUUGCGGCAAGAGCUUGUGGUACGAGAGAGGCAGCCAGAUGUAACGAGAAUGUCUGCCCCUAGCUCUCCGACUCCAGACAAUGACAAAACAGACUCCGCUGUCCAGGCCUCUCUGUCCCUGCCUGCUACACCUCUCAGCAAGAACCUGGACAACGCUUUCACCAGCCAGACAGUUCUGGCCAGCAGCUGCACUAAUGCAGCCCUCACUCCAUCUGCUAGAAUAUCAGCCCUCAAUAUUGUUGGUGAUUUACUGCGCAAAGUUGGGGCUUUAGAGUGUAAGCUCACAGCCUGUAGAAAUUUUGCCAAGGACCAGGCAGCCAGGAAGAACUAUGUCACAAAUGUCAACGGCAAUUUGAUUAAUGGAGAGCUUAGAAAUUACUCCCACUCGCUUUACACAUCCUACUACGACAAAGCCAGAAGAGAGAGGGUCAUUUUUUCUGCGUUGCUCUUGGCAGGACAGUGAAUGGAUUGGACCCUGGCACCAUGACGAACAUCACAGCCCCACCACGAUCCAGCUCUCCAUCCAGCCUGGUGCUCAGCGUGUGAUCACAUACCCUUCACACUUAAAGGAAUAAUUCACCCAAACAUGAAUAUUGUCAUCAUUUUCUCAGCCUCAUGUUGUUUCAAACCUGUAUGACUUUCUUUCUUUCAUGGGACACACCAGGAGAUGUUAGGCAAAUGUUACCAUUGUAUGUUGUUAGGCAAUCACCAUUAACUUUCAUUGUUUUUUUUUUUCUUUCCCUAUACAAUGAAAAUGAAUGGCGACCGAAGCUAUUCUGCCUAAUAUAUCCUUUUGUUUUCCACAGAGAAAGAAAAUCAUUUGGGUUUGAAACAACAUGAGGGUGGCAGAAUUUACAUUUUGAAGUGAAAUAUCCCUUUAAAAAUGCACUCAAACCCAUCCAAGGAAGACCACAUUUUACAUACACACAAGGAACCACUAUACAGCAAUAUAACAAUUCCUUUUAAGACACUACUGAAUCUGUCUGUAGUUGAGAUUACAGUGGACUACGACAGGGUUAGUAAUGCUAAUGGUAACCCAACUGUAGCUUUAUCUUUUGCAAUGUUCUAAAUCCUUACUAAGUACUUGUUAAUAGUCCUUACAGAUGUAUAUACCCAUCUAAUAUAUGUAUGGUUACUGUUUAUAUAGAUAUGAGCUUAUAUGUACAUAUUUAAUUUAGUUCUCUCUGUUCUUUGCUAAUGUGGUCUUAUCACUUUCCAAAAAUGUAUUCCUAUAUUGUUGGAUGAUAAUAUUUUUGAAAUCUGAUUAACAAAGGGAAUUGACACUAUUAGUAUUUGUUGUGUAACAAAUAAUGUUACACAGUAGAUUUAAACAUGCACUUAUAUGUCAUGGAAACUAGUUUUCAUUGUAUUCUUGUUUCUUCAAUCUUAAAUUCAAAGGCCAGUUUUUCAGUAGGAUCUUUAAUUAUUUAAUAGGUGCUCUCCUGUUUUGUUUUCUAAACAUGGCCUCGUGUAAGUGUGAAAAUUCUUUGGAAUUGGACAGGGAAAACGAGAUGCAGAUAGUUUGGCUUCAUAAGGUUUGCAUUUUGAACAUUGUCUUGGUGAUAUUGACAAUCGAUUUAAGUAGUAAAAUGGUGGGUUUCCCAGCUUCAUAGUAUUUGCUGAAAUAUUCUCACCUUUAAUUUUCACUGAUUUCUGUCAUUCAGUUUGGUUUGAACAGUGCGAUGUUACAAAGGCACUUUGUUACUUUUGUAUGCUCAAAUAAACGGUAGUGUUCUUAUUGUAACAAAGACAGUGAUGAUAACUGUAUGGUGUUACCACUAAAAAUGGUAAUGUUGUUUAGAGGCUGUAAUGCCAACUGUACAGUAUAAUACAUUUUCAUCUAUCCAGACUUUUGUGACCCUCCAAGAGGGCUUCAAACUUUAACAACUGGUAAAAAUCAGUUUGUGGUUUGCCUCCCUUUUGAUUAAUUGCCAAUGAAUUUGACUGACUGAUUUAGAAUAUUUGAACUGGACUUUGCAAUACUUUGACACAUUAAUCCAUGCAGCGUGGUAUGAGUGGCAUGAAUGAUUAACAGCACUGUUUUGCCCAACAAUUACUUAUUUCAACCAUUUGCUUUGUGAAAUAUAAUCCCCUUGAAUACCAGUUUGAUCAAGGUAACAUAAAUUUGAAUUGCUCUUUGUAUCAUCUAUAUACAGACAUCCCAUGCAACUUCUAUCCCAAUUUAGCAAUAACAAAACAAUCACAGUUUUAUAACAUCAUCCCUUGCUUCUUCAGAACUGAUUUAUUGUAGGUGUCCAUGCAAUCUCAACUGUCCCCUCCACUCUUCUUUGCAAGUUUCUCUAUUUGUCUCUGCCACCUCUCUUAACACCUCCAGCCGUUUGGCCUCAUCAUGGGUACUCUCCUGCUCCCUGAGAUCUGCCAGGUCCUCCAUGAACAAAUACCUUCAUGCACAAGAAGUAAUCGUGAUAUGAAUGACCAGGCACUACAGCAUUAAUCUUGAUAUCAGUUCAUUACAACGCUUGUG